AAAAUGGCGCACAAACGCGUGGUUGUGAGUACCGAACCAUUGCUGUAAACACUUAUAAUAGGGUCGUUGCAAUGGGGUACAUUUGCUCGCCUUUGGUGGCUUUACGAUGCAAGUCAUCAAUGUCCGCACCUAUCAGCUCAUCGCAUAAUACCUUAUUUACAGGGAAAACAUAAGCCUAUCUUCCAUCCUGCAAUAGGCACAAGCAGCGCAUAUAAAUGACUUCAAUGUGUUUCUUUUAUAGUGGGUAUAUAUGUGAUGUUGGAGAUCAUGUGGUUGUCAUUAACACUAAAGACAUUGCCAUGCCUGGCACAUACUGGAGGACAUUUAAAUACUUUCAUCACACUGCAUUCCCUGGUGGGUUCAGCCAAGCAUCAGCAUGGAGAGUUCAUGAAAUUGACCCAACACUAAUAAUGUACAAGUCCGUAUAUACUCGUAUGCCUGGCACCUUACAACGUCGUUAUCAGAUUCAACGACUGCAUCUUUACCCAGAUGAUAAGAUCCCAGAUGAGAUACAGGAAAACUUGUCAGAUCAGAUUAUCCAGGUUCAGGAAGUGCCUAAACGUCUUGAUGAGUAUUCAGAAAAGGAGAUUACAGAAUUUCCCAAACUCUUUGACUGGCCUGCUGACUAUGUAAAGGAUGAAUACAAAAGGCACAUCACCAGAAAGAAGCCCAAGAAUUUUAAACUUAAAUGAUAGGUUUGCUGUUAAUACGAAAUGAUUUUUAGGUUAGCUGAUAUUCUUCCCCUUAACUGACUGUAGGGAAGUGCCGUCAUUUUGUCUUGUCUGUAGAUCUGUGUGAAUGUUAGUGUCUCCUACUGAUCUGUGAUGUUUGUUGCACCAUUUGACUCUGUUGUGGAAUGUUCUUCAAUGCGUGUGCAGCGUCUUUUCUUCCAAUAGACAUCUUCAUCCACUAAUGGCUGUGGCAUUCUUCAUUGUGCUGUCUUGCUGUAGGGGUUUUUUUUUUUUCACUUUAAGGAUUCUUGUACACCAUGACUUUGAAGCGUGUGCACUACAUCAGCAUUCUUCUACAUUUAUCACUUGACCAAUGUUUAACUAUUAUUAUAUCUGUAAGUUCUGUGUGAUCCUGAAAGAUAUUGAUCAGAUUUUUUAUUAAAUGAAAAAUAAUUUCUAACAGGAAUUACAGUGGCACAUUUUUUCACAGCUGAAGUGGAGCCUAAUGCAGUUUUGUGUCCACCAUGCACAGUGAUCAUGCAAAAUAUUCGGUCCUCAUAUUAGCAGUAGUGUCUACUCAAGCAGUCAAAAGAAAAACACAUCUACUUGGCAGCUGUGAAGUGUUAAAGAGUUAAGAGCUGUGCAGUUCAGUUUGUUUUCAGAUCCAUUACCAGCUUUCGUCCCGAAAUAGGCAGAUUCAAUGAUAAGUGGAGGUAAACAGAUUCUGUAGUAAGUGGUGGGAAAAAACCAGAAUGUCAUUUCUUUCUCCACCUACUGAUGACUUAAACACCAUAACUCAUCAUAGGUGUCCUUAAUCUGUAGGAUGAUCAAACUAUUAUUUAUUUCCCUAGGAAAAACAAUUUCUUCCAGAUGAUGGAGAGGUUGUGAAUUGCACCUAUGAAGAGUUUGUUUUACAGUCAUCACAAACAGGCUGUUUGUUCUGCUUUAUUUUAAGGCAUGCAUAGUUUGAGUACUCAUUUUUGUUUCAUCUUUGCUUAUUUUGUACAUGGUCUUUGGAGCAAUCCUUGUUCUACUCAAGAUAAGGGCGGUCCGGUGGCGCAACGGUUAGCGCCUGUCACCAAUACAGUGAUGCUUGGCUGCCCAGAGUUCAUUUCUCGUCUCGGGCACGCUGUUCUUUCUCUGCAAGUGGCAUCUGUUUACAGGGCUGGCUGCCUUGCCGUAAUAUAGCCUCAGUUGCUGACACGGCGUAAAACACCAAUCCCCCCCCCUCUACUCAAGAUUUUUUUUUUUUAACAAGCAAACCACUUACAGACAACACAUAUCAGUCUGAUAUAUGAAACCAUUCAUUUCCUAUAAGAGAUCUCAUCAUCAUUUUUUUUUUCUGCAGGCAUACAUGCAUUUCCAGUGCUUUCACUGUUACAACAAAUUCAGCAUUUUUUUUUAACCAAAGAUACCCAUCAAAAUACAACAAGAAAAAUUCCGCUACAUCUAAAAUGUACAGUAAAUUUGGAGUAGCUGUAGAUCAUAGUAAACUUCGUUCUGUGAUCUACAUUGAUGCUUUAAAGAGGUGCCUGUAGUGCUAACCCUGCUUUUCGAGCCAGUGAGAAGCAAAAUGCGUCAUCACAAUACUAUCCCAAAACUAGACGGCUCUUGUAGCUGCAGAGAUGAGGUUGGGAACUUAUUUUCUUAGGGUUCUAGUUUUAAGGGAUUUGUUAAUAUUUAGUCAACUGUUUUCUUUUAAAACAUUUGUUUGCUAUAGGUUUUCAAUGAUAGGAAAUUACUGGAAUAUAUUUCCACAAGUAUUCCGCCAUUUAUUAUGACCAAAAAAAACAAAGGACACAGCUCUUCUAAACCUUUAGGCAAAUGUUCCACACAUAUCCCCAGUCUCAGCUUGAUUUAGUCCCUACAAACUUCCUCAUUCUGAUUCUUUGACCACCUAUAAGUCCAAACUUACCGCAUCUUUUUCUUUU